GUCCGCCACUCAUCUCCUGGCUCCUGCCGGCUAUCAAAGAGCCCAGUUUUCUGGAUCCUUGCUUACAUAAGUUAUGCCAUGACGACAUUUCACUAAGUCCCCUCAGGGGGUCAGAAUUGUCAUCUGUCCCCCAGAGCCAUGCGGUCCAUGGUACGACCUUCCAACCAACCAAAUUGAAGAUCGAAACCCCCGAGCGAAAAUGGAUUCAAAACCAGGAUACAUAAGAACCUCCUCUACCAACCUACUCUCCAGCAAUGAUAUGAUGAGCCGGCCCCUCGAAGGCCAGCUGGGCAUUGUGACCGGUGCCUCGCGGGGCAUUGGUGCCGCCAUAUCAGCAAAUCUGGCUGCCAAAGGCUGCAAUCUCGUUCUGAACUUCACGUCGGAUGCGUCGGCGCUGCGGACCGGCGAUCUGGCCAAACGGCUCUCCGACGAGCAUGGCAUCCAAGCAUUGCCGGUACAGGCGGAUAUGGGAUCGGUGGGCGGACCGAAGCAUAUCGUCAGCAUCGCCAAGAACCAUUUCUCGCAUCCGAAAACGGGGAAGUUCACGAUUCAUGUCAUCGUCAACAAUGCCGGUGUGUCCAAGAACCUGUCCAUCGAGGAAUGCACGGCAGAGGACUUUGCUUGGCAGUACAGCGUCAACGUUCAAGGACCGUUGCUCUUGAUACAAGCAGCGCUUCCCUACUUGCCGACAGAUCGUUCGGGGCGGAUUAUCAACGUGUCAUCCGUCAGUUCGACGCUUGGCUACAUUGGACAGAGCGUCUACGGAGGUACCAAGGCUGCACUAGAGUCAAUGACGCGAACGUGGUCCCGCGAACUGGCUGAGCGUGCAACGGUCAACGCCAUCAAUCCCGGCCCGGUAGCCACAGAGAUGUACGGAAGCACGAGCAAGGACUUCCAGGCGAGGAAUCGGCCGUUCAUCGAGAAUGCGCCCUUAGCACGGGCGAGAGAAGGAAUCGAUGAUCCGGAGACCGUGCAGAGAGCGACGCAAGAUGGUGGACGAGCGGCGUACGAUUGGGAGAUUGCGGGGGUUGUAGGGAUGCUUUGCUCGAAAGAGUCGGCUUGGUGCACGGGGAGCGUGAUCUGUGCGAAUGGAGGGAUGAAGUUCGGCUUCUGAGUUGCGAGGAGGAAAGUCAAGAUCCCCAUUGUAUAGUUCUCAUCCGAAACUAGAAGGACAGUCUAGGAAUCAUGAAUGGAGUUCGUAAGAUAGCAUCGCAAUAGAACCCUGAUCGCCAGUUCGACCACCUGUUCCCAGUUGUGUAUGGCCAACAUAU